UUUUUGCUAAAGCGUUUGUAAGGAGAACGUCGGCUACCGCGCGGAUCUGCAGAGAGAGACGAUUGGUCGAGUAACGAAAACUGAAGAAGCUUAUCGAAGCUAUUUUUCAUUACAUUACAUUAUUUCAUUAUUGGCUUUGCAUCUUAUUCGUUCGUCAGUUGGUAAUUUUAUACUUUGGACGAAAUAAGUGACAUCCUAUUUCUUGCCAAUUCACCCCCAAGUGCAGUGAGAAACUCUAACCAAAAACAAUACUGGAAAUCUUUUCGACGCUUCAGUUCGAAGGCGGUUGGCGCCAGCGGAGAGGCCCUGCCAGCUACGGCCAGCGUUCACAAAGUGCAGCCAAAGCGCGGCCCUGAACUGUGAAACGCCCGGCGCCUGCAGCAGCCAACGGUUCCUUCGAGGGACACGCGGCAAAAAUACAGUAUGGACAACGAUAUUGCUAAAGUUAAGAAGAAGAUCCGAAGAAUAGAAAGAGAAGCCGCAAUUACAGAACAAUUAAAUAGGCGUGUUGCCGAAAAUAUCCCUGAAAUCGAAGACGGUAUUCAAAAUCUUGAAUCCAUUGAUGACAAACUUUUGGAACAAGCAACUCGUGAUACUGUGAAACAUCUUAUUAAAGAACGAGACGAUAAAAGACAGCGACAAGAACAAAGACAAAAUGAACGUAUUGAAAAGGAAAUUCAAGCUCUAAAACGGCAAAAGGCGUUGGAAAUAUUAAAGCAAGAAUGGGAAAGGCAACAGGAAGAAAAGAAGAUUCUCGAGGCGUUGGAGGAAGAAGAAUUGAAAGGCAAAAAGAAAGGGAAGAGUUCAAAGUCCCGGUUAAAAAGUCGUUCAAAAAGCCGCUCAAAGAGCCGGUCAAAGAGUCGCUCAAAAAGUCGUUCAAAAAGUGCAUCGAAAGGUCAAAAAAGCCGUGAGAAGGAAUUGAAACGAAAUAAGGAAUCCAAAGAAGAACCUAAAAGAUUUUCUAAAACGAAACCUGAAUCAGGCAGGGAGUCUAGAAAAGAGUCUAAUGAAUCGAACAGAGAUUCCACAAGAGAAUCUAGAAAGGACUCUAGACGACCAUCUAAAAGACGAUCUAAGAGGGAAUCUCGGAAACUAUCCAGAAAGAGCUCUAGAAAGGGAUCGAACAUAGAAUCUCUAUCAGAAUCUAAAAGAGAGGAAGAAUCUGAACCUAAAGACCUACCCUUUCCAGACUGUUACUCCGAAAAUGAAUUGAAUAGGCGUUUGGGAGAAGUCAUGAAUACAUUGGAGGACCCGGACACCAAUGUGCCGUCAGCUCCUGCGGAGAGAUGGACGGACGAGCAGUGGGACGAAUGGCUAGAGAAAUGCGACCGAAGGUCUCUUUUCACGGAAUUACGUGAACGCGUAGAUGAGGAGGAAGUAUCCGAGAUGGACUACUUUCUGAAUGCCAUUGAUAUACAUGAAACUCUAGAAAAAAAUACCAAAACUACGGAUGAGUAUUUUAUUCAGACCUAUCUGAAACGUGAACCAGUGGAGGAUUUUGAAAGUGAUAUCACCAGCAAUAUUUUCUCGACAGACUUGGAAAAAGAGAUAAUUCAAGAUUCGACUAAAACUAAAUUUCCUUUGACAUACGUUACAAAAAAGCAACACAUUCUCGAUAAGGAGCAAAAUUUGGCCCAAGAAAAAAGUAAAGUUGAAGAAGACCUUGAAAGACGCCUCAGAAGCCUUCAAGAAAUUAAGAGACAUAUGGAUCUAGAAAAACAAGCAUUUACUUGCCAUAAGGACGAACGAGAUUAUCGUAAAAAGCUUCAACGUGAUCAUAUUGCUAAAAGAAUUUUUCAAGAUCUUGGUGUUAAUAUUGCAAAUAUGUCAGAAAGCAGCAACAGUGUGAUCGACCGUUAUAUAAAAAUGCAGAAACAGAAACAGAACUGUGAACAUCGGCAAAUACAGCGACGUAUUGAAAUUCUGAAACGACUAUUGGCAGAAGAAAAAAAGAAACAUUCUUUGAACAAAGUGCCUGAAUGGGGAAGUCCUCAACUGAAGAUUCUAAAACUGAUCAACACUAGUGAUAUAAACUAUAUUGCAGCAAUUUCUAAACUGGAAAAAAGUUUACUAAAUGAAAUAAUAGCAGGUUUUGAUUUUGAAAGAAGAUCAAAAAGAAAAGCAGCUGAGAAAGAAUUAAAAAUAUCUGAAUCUGAUAUGAAACAUACAGUCAAAAAUAUUAUUGAAGAAUGUAUGGAUGUUAUUACUGAACAUUUUAGAUUUGAACCCAGACACUACAUAUAUAUUCCAUCUAAAAGUGUUGUUUCCAUAAAAGUGACUUUUCUACCACUUCCAUCAGGCCUUUAUACUGAAGAAUACUUCGUCCAUUUUGAAGACAUUGAUAGAAAUAGUGUGAACAAGAAAAAUUGGAGACAUCAGACACUCCCUUGUAUUUUUUUGUAA